AUGGUUGCUGCCGAAGCCCAACUAGCUGGGAUGGCAGCUACUUUAGAGGAGUUAUUUAAAGGGCAGAGGGAACAUCUGAUGAAGGUCCGGUCACUGGAGACACAGAAGUCGGUACGUGCGGAGACACUAGCUGCUGAAAAGUGCCAGUUCAAUUACCGGAAACUGGAAGUAGAGCGGGCGGAACAAGAACAAGAUCAACUGCAGGCUAGGUUAAAUUAUGUUGUAAAGAAAGAACAGGAUGAGAUAUUGCUGGAAGUCACCCGUCUUAGGGAUAUGAGAGAAGACACUGAUACCACUGGAAAUGUGGAGAUGGACAAGAUAAAAUCAAAGGCUAAGAAGGAGUUGAAGGACAAGAAGAAGGAAAUUAAAUUCCUAAAGGAGAAAAAUGCGCCAUGUAGGCUGCAAAUUUAUUUUGCUAAGGCUACUGAACUUCAAGGAGGGGCAGAUGCUACCUUUUUGCCAUGGGAGAGAGAGUGCCUAAUGUGCCUCUCAGAGGAAACAUAUAUUGUAUUCCUACCUUGUGCGCAGCAGGUACUAAGUUCAGGAUGGAAUGAUCUCCAAGAGUGA